AUGAAUCAACAACAACAAAAAUCUACUAAUGAAUCAAGUGAUUACGACAAUUGUCAAUCAUCAUGUUCACCAUUGAAUACUGAUAUAAUAAAGAAAGAUAUUCCACAGAGAAAUUUAUCAUUAUUAUCAAAACGAGUUUUUCAUAUUUCAAAUUUACUUCCAUCAGUAAAUAAUUAUGAAGAAGAACGCGAAAUUGCAAAUUGUAUAAAUCAACGUUUACCUAUUGGUCCUUGUAGAAUAUCAAGGAAAGCAGUUACUCUUAUUGAACGUACUAUUUCUAAUGAUAUUCCAUUAUUUGAUGAAACAAGUAUUACUCUUAGUCAACUCCGUCGUUCUAAAACACCUCAUCCACAUAAAUAUAAAGCAUCAGCUAAUUUAAAACAACAGUCAGGUGGUCAACUACACACUAGUACAUUGGCUAUGUGUGGUUAUAAUGAAAAUACAGAAGAAACACCAAUUAAUCUAGAUCAUCUACGUCGACAACAAUCAGGAGGAAUUAAAAAAACAGCUAAAUCGAUUUCACAAAUAAAUCUUCUUAAUGAUUAUACAGAUCUUGAUGAAACUGCUAUUCUUAUUGGUCAAAUUUAUCGUCUUGAUCCACCACAAAUAAUUCAAUAUAAAUCUCCUCUUCAUAUUCAACCAUCAAUUAGUUAUACAAAAAAAAACAAGUUCUGUUCUUAG